AAAAAGCGAAGAAAACCAAAAUGAUGCCGGACAAGCUCCCCAGCUGUUUGGGGCUCCCCCGGCCGCGUCCCUGCUCCCGGCCCAGUGUCUGGGGGACACGCACACCCAGCCCUCUGUGCUUCCAGGCAUCCGCAUGCUGGACGGAGACGUGACCGACGUGGUGGAGGCCAAGUCGCUGGGCGUCCGGCCCAACUACAUCGACAUUUACAGCGCGAGCUGGGGGCCCGACGACGACGGGAAGACGGUGGACGGGCCCGGCCGGCUGGCCAAGCAGGCCUUCGAGUACGGCAUUAAAAAGGGCCGGCAGGGCUUGGGCUCCAUCUUCGUCUGGGCCUCGGGGAACGGCGGGAGAGAGGGGGACUACUGCUCCUGUGACGGCUACACCAACAGCAUCUACACCAUCUCCGUGAGCAGCACCACGGAGAACGGCUACAAGCCCUGGUACCUGGAGGAGUGCCCGUCCACGCUGGCCACCACCUACAGCAGCGGCGCCUUCUACGAGCGGAAGAUCGUCACCACGGACCUGCGCCAGCGCUGCACGGACGGGCACACGGGCACCUCGGUCUCGGCCCCCAUGGUGGCGGGGAUUAUCGCCCUGGCGUUGGAAGCAAACAGCCAGCUCACCUGGCGCGACGUGCAGCACCUGCUGGUGAAGACUUCCCGGCCAGCCCACCUGAAGGCGAACGACUGGAAGGUCAACGGGGCCGGCCACAAAGUCAGCCAUCUGUACGGGUUCGGCCUGGUGGACGCGGAAGCCCUGGUCCUGGAGGCGAAGAAGUGGACGGCGGUGCCCUCGCAACACACCUGCGUCGCCUUCACCGACAAGAGGCCCAGGCUGCUGGACCACUCCAACGAAGGGUUUUCCAACUGGGAGUUCAUGACGGUGCACAGCUGGGGAGAGAAGGCCGAGGGGGAGUGGACGCUGGAGAUCCAGGACAUGCCGUCGCAGGUCCGCAACCCGGGGAGGCAAGGGAAACUGAAGGAGUGGAGCCUCGUCCUGUACGGCACGGCCGAGCACCCCUACCACACCUUCAGCUCGCACCAGGCCCGCGCCCGCAUGCUGGAGCUGUCCACGCCCGCGCUGGAGCCGCCCAAGGCCGCCCGGCCGCCCGCCCCGGCCGAGGGCCCGGAGGAGGAGGAGGACUACACAGCUCGGUCCUCCCAGGGCCCUCCUAGCGUUUCUCAGACCAGCCUGUGCCACCCGGAGUGUGGGGACAAGGGCUGCGACGGCCCCAGGGCCGAUCAGUGCCUCAGCUGCGUGCACUUCAGCCUGGGCAACGCCAAGACCGGCAGGAAGUGCGUGAGCGAGUGCCCCCUGGGCUACUCGGGGACCCUCGCCCGGAGCAGCUGCAUUCCCGACUGCGAGCCGGGCACCUACUUCGACUCGGAGCUGGUCCGCUGCGGGCAGUGCCACCCCACCUGCAAGACCUGCGUGGGACUGGAAGUGUGUGCCCGCCUGCGAGGGCGUUACUACCCCGAGGCCAUGCCGGCCUGCCCCACCGCGCCUGCGGAAGGACCGUGCCGCCGGCGGUCUUUAUUAAUGGUAAUUGAUAACAGAGGGAACGGAAGGAAGAAAAAGGAACAUCACCGAUAG